AGGCGCCGAAAGUGGAGGUGUACUCCCGCAAACACGUCACCUACGGGGAGGAGAACACCCUCAACUGCUUCGUGAGUGGCUUCCAUCCUCCGAAGAUCGACAUCACCCUCCUCAAGAACGGGGAGCCCAUGAGCGACGUCAAGUAUGCGGACAUGUCCUUCAACGACAAGUGGUUCUUCCAGCGCCUGGUGUACGCGCCGUUCACCCCCAGGAGGGGCGACGUCUACGUUUGCAGGGUGGCCCAUUCCAGCUUCAGGGAGCCGCAGUCGUUCCGAUGGGAUGCAGACUUCUAG